AAUAUAAACCUGCAAAAUUUAUCGUCGAAAACAAUGGCAAAUUUUCACAAUUUUCCCUUUAUAGUAGUAACUCUAUUAUUUCUCCUGUUAACAAAACCAGUAACAUCCAAAAAUCAAUGCACUGAAAAAUGUGGAAACCUUAAAAUUCAGUUUCCAUUUUAUCUCAAAAACAGCAUUAAUCACACCAAUCCUCAAGGAUUUGAAUUAUCAUGUACAGAUAAAGAUGAAACAGUGUUAGAAUUUCCCAAAAUUCCUGUCAAAGUUUUCAUCAAACGCAUAGAUUACAAAUCUCAGAUGUUCCAAAUCUACGACCCGAAAAAUUGUCUUGCAAGACAAUUAUUUAAACUAGGAAACUUAUCAGUUUCGCCGUUUCAGUUUCACUUCCAUGAGUUUAAUAUACAGCGUAACGUAUCUUUCUUUCGUUGUGAUUCGAACAAAGAGUGUUCGAUUCAGCAACGUGAAUCUAGUGGUGAUUUUAUUGAUCCUGAAUUGGUUUCAUGUAGAAAAGUGAGUGAAGUUUUGAAUGUGGGCUGGAUGAUUGAGGAAUGGGAAGAUGAUGUUACAGAGAGUUUGAUUAUAGAAUGGUCUAAACCAAAUUGUAGUUUUUGUGAAGUUCAAGGGAAGAAAUGUAAAUGGAAGAAUGGUACUAGAAAUGGUGAAGUUGAAUGUUUUGUUUGUAAAUCAGACGGGAUUGCAAAAUCUACUGUUCUUCUAAUUACUGCUGGGGUUAUAGUUGGUUCCAUGAUUUUGCUGCUAUUGGCAAAUGUAUUUCUUCGCAUUUGUCGUUAUUUUAAGAUGAAAGGAGAUGAUAUAGCAAGGAUAGAGAAAUUCUUAGAGGAUUACAGGGCAUUGAAACCUACAAGAUUCACUUAUGCUGAUAUUAAGAGAAUAACAAAUGGCUUCAAAGAGAGUUUAGGAGAAGGAGCUCAUGGAUCCGUGUUCAAAGGCAUGCUCUCCCAAGAAAUUUUGGUUGCUGUGAAGGUUCUCAAUGAAACACAAGGAGAUGGAAACGAUUUCAUCAACGAAGUCGGAACUAUGGGAAAAAUUCAUCAUGUCAAUGUUGUUCGCUUACUCGGAUUUUGUGCUGAUGGAUUCCACCGUGCUCUUGUCUAUGAUUUCUUUCCGAAUGGCUCCUUGCAGAACUUCUUAGCACCACCAGAGAACAAGGAAGUUUUUCUCGGUAGGGAAAAGUUGCAACGAAUUGCUCUUGGUGUUGCAAGAGGGAUUGAGUAUCUUCAUAUUGGUUGUGAUCAUAGAAUACUUCACUUUGAUAUCAAUCCACACAAUGUGUUAAUAGAUGAUAAUUUGAGUCCCAAAAUAACCGACUUUGGACUUGCUAAAUUGUGUCCGAAAAACCAAAGCACAGUGUCUAUGACUGCAGCGAGAGGAACCUUGGGAUACAUUGCACCUGAAGUUUUCUCGAGAAACUUCGGAAAUGUUUCUUAUAAGUCUGAUAUUUAUAGCUACGGUAUGUUGUUGCUUGAGAUGGUUGGUGGAAGAAAGAAUACUAACCAGUCAGCCAAGGAAACAUUCCAAGUUUUGUACCCAGAAUGGAUUCACAAUUUGAUUGAAGGUAAAGAAGUACGGGUUAAUAUUGAGGAUGAGGGAGAUGUUAGAAUUGCAAAGAAACUUGCGCUGGUCGGACUUUGGUGUAUUCAGUGGAAUCCGGUGGAUCGGCCAUCCAUGAAAACCGUGGUACAAAUGCUUGAAGGUGAUGGAGAAAAAUUAAUGGCGCCCCCUACUCCUUUCGACUCCAUUGGUGCUGAUAGAACAAAUGAAGUUAUUCCAACUAGACUUCUAAAUUUUGAGUUGGAAGUUAUUCCUGAAAUAAACUAAUAGUGUGUUUGCCUUUGCGUUUAAUUUCCCAAAACAACGUUCCAAAACCACGUUGCAGCAGAAGCUUAGAAUUGUAGAUUUUAAAAAUUGCGGUGAAUACCACUCCUGACGCGCGUUUCUCAAUUGUACGGUGCCACCAAACAGGCUAUAAAUGAGUUUACUUUCAGGUUCAUUAAAUUUAAUACAUACUCAAUUAUACACUUA